AGAUGGCGCUGGCGACACGCACUCUUGUUCCCGGGAAAAGAAGGAAACAAAACAAAACUUUUCUCUGAAAUCUCUUAUUUCUCGCCAAAAUGAAGGAGGAAGUGCCCGUUCUGGAGUAUGGAGACGUCGCUAUCGAAUCCAGGGGCAUGAUGGUCCCUGUGCGUUUAAAGCUCAGCGACCAGGGAAUCACAUACAGAAAUGUCAAGACCGGGAAAGUGGAAACACUAAAUGCAUCAGAUAUUGAAGUUGUGAACUGGCAGAGACUUGCAGGUAGCUAUGGGGUCCGCAUCUUCACAGACAAUGGCAGUCUGUAUCGGUUUGGAGGUUUCAAGGAAUCAGAGCAGUCCAAACUGGAAAAGUUCUUCAAGAACACCUACAACAAAACCAUGUCUGAAAAGGAAUUUUCAGUCAAGGGCUGGAACUAUGGCACAGCUAAGUUUGAAGGAGCUUGCCUCGCCUUCGAGGUGGGCAACAUGCCUGCUUUUGAAGUGCCAAUUGUUAAUGCCUCAGGUUGUACCACAGGAAAGAAUGAGGUCACCCUAGAGUUCCACCAGCAUGAUGACGCAGCCAUCAACCUAAUGGAGAUGCGCUUCCACAUCCCAUCCUCUGAGUUAGCUGGGGAUGACCCUGUAGAGAACUUCCAACAACGAGUCAUGGCCAAAGCCUCAGUCAUCACAGCCACAGGAGAUGCUCUGGCCAUCUUCAGGGAGGUCCAAUGUCUCACUCCUCGAGGUCGAUAUGACAUCAAAGUUUAUCCUUCCUUCAUCCAACUCCACGGUAAGACGUUUGACUUCAAGAUUCCAGUCCAGACUGUCUUGCGUCUGUUUCUUCUACCUCACAUGGAUCAGCGACAGCAUUUCUUUGUGGUGUCCCUGGACCCUCCCAUUAAGCAGGGUCAGACACGCUACCCGUACCUGAUUCUGUUGUUCUCUGGCGAUGAUAGUGACACAAUUGAGCUGCCUCUGACAGAGGAGGAAUUGCAGGAGAAGUAUGAGGGCCGCAUGGAGAAAGAGAUGACAGGUUCACAGUUUGAACUUAUCAGUAAGAUCUUCAAGGGUCUCUGUAACCGCAAGAUCGUCACACCUGGCAAUUUCGUUGGUCACUCAGGAACACCUGCCAUUGGUUGUUCCUACAAGGCUGCUGCUGGCUACCUAUACCCACUGGAGCGUGGCCUCAUCUACGUACACAAACCACCCGUUCACAUCAGAUUUGAUGAAAUUAUCUCGGUUAACUUUGCCAGAUCUGGGUCCACCACAAGGUCUUUUGAUUUUGAGGUUGAGGUUAAAAAUGGUGUGAUUAACACCUUCAGCAGUAUUGAAAAGGGAGAAUACAAUCGCCUCUUUGACUACGUGAACCAGAAGAAACUGCGAAUCAAGAACAGAGGAAAGAUGGAAAUGGGUGGCAGGAAAGAUGACUUCGAUGACAGCGAUGCAGAUGAGAAUGAUCCCUACAUGCGACGUGUUCGUGAAGAGGCUAAGGAACGUGAUGACGACGACGAUGAGGGAUCCAGUGAGGAUGAGGACUUCGCACCAGGAGAGGAAGGAAGUGAUGUGGCAGAGGAAAACCUAAAGCGAAAACAGUGUCAGAGAAACCACGCAAGAAACGACAGAAGAAGGAAAAGGACGAAAACAAACCAAAACGAGCCCAGUCCGCUUACUUCAUCUGGCUGAAUGAACACCGAGAGCAGAUCAAGAAGGAGAACCCAGGCAUCUCAAUCACCGAACUUUCUAAACUGGCAGGGCAGAAGUGGAGGGAGCUCAAGGACAGGAAGGAAUGGGAAGAGAAAGCAGCAGAAGCCAAAAAGGAAUAUGAGGCAGCCAUGAAGGAGUACAAGGCAUCUGGGGGAGGAGCGCCCGCAGCCAAGUCCAAGAAGGCUAGCAGUUCACCCAAGAAAUCGGUGUCAGUCUCGCCAACCAAGGCUGGCUCUGGUGGUGGAUUCAAGUCUAAGGAGUAUAUCGACGAUGAGUCCAGUGAGGAGGAGAGUGGUAGUGAUAAGCCACCUAAAAAGAAGUCCAAGAAGGAAGUGAAGUCCAAGAAAAAG